GCCCUGAGGACCGUUUGAACAGCCGCUAUUAUUUGGUGGUUUUGCAAUCGCAAGACAAAUUAAAUGGAGAGAGAGUUAAAGACCUCAUUAAAGCAGAAAAUGCUAAAGUGGGUCGUCGGUUGGGUAAUAAGAAGUUGAAUUUUAAUUUUUGUCAAUCUUUUGAGGCUUUAACUGGCUUUAAAAGAAACGGGGUGACGCCGUUUAACUGCAGAACCUCUAUACCUGUAAUUAUAUCGCUUAAAUUAUUUUCUAUUCAACAUUCGCGCGUCUUUCUUGGAGGGGGUGCACCUGAUCUUAAAAUUGAAGUACCUCUCAUCGAUUUAGUUCGGCUCACAAACCCUAUUGUUGGCAUUGUUAGCUAA